CUCAUUCUGUCAAAUAUUGUUCAAAGAGGUUAGCGUACGCUGAGUAGAUUUUUCUUAAUCGCUGAAGUAAUUUUUUAUAAAUUCCAAUAUUAAAAAGCCGUGUUGUGUUCUAUCUUGUAUUCAUAAUAUUGAUCUAUAUAAGAAGUGAAUAUAAUUAUGCAUCAUGGUGAAUGUUAUGAAAGGCGUUCUUGUGGAAUGUGAUCCAGCAAUGAAACAAUUCUUGCUCCACCUGGACGAAACCCUUGCACUAGGUAGAAAGUUUAUCCUUCAAGACCUGGAUGAGACACAUCUGUUUAUUUCAUCAGACAUUGUUGACACACUGCAGGCUCGUGUGGACGAUUUGAUGGACCAAAUGAGUUUUCCCGUUCAUGACAAAGGAUUAUAAUUUAUUAAAUUUCUAAG